UCUGACUUUGAUGUGGUAUUUCAUAGAGAAACUUAUUGAGACAUCCGGUAUGUAUGUCCUAUAUUAUUAAGUGUGAAUUGUGGAAUUCCAAGAAUAUAUGUGGUUCUGAUUCAUUCAUUCAUCAGUUGUAUUAUCCUUCCGCAACGCGAUAAUAAGUGACUUUUUAUUUAUUUUGUUUUAAAGUAUAUAACACCAACAGAUUAUGGUUUAACCAUUCUUUAAAUAUUCUUUUGGGAAUAAUUGUUACAGUUGGAAUUUCAAACUUAUAAAUAAGAUUUGGGAUUUACAUAGAGAGCAGAAAGUACAUAAAAUAAAUUAAUUAUGAGAACAACAGCAAUUAUUCGACAGUGAUUGAUUAUGCUAUAUAAAAUAUUAACUAUCUAGUUAUAAGUUUAUCGAAAUAUUUCACUGUGAGAAUUUCUUCAGAAAUGUUUAAGUGUGUUUCAGUUAUGAUUUGUAUUUUUCUAAUCGGCCAGAAUGUUAGUAGUACUGUAGGAGAAAAUAUCAGCAUGCUAACCAAGUUUUGGAAUGCUACCAGUAGAUUAGGACAGAAAGGUAUCGACAAAUUGAGCGCUAUCCAAGAAAAAGUGGCAGCAUUGAACAACGUGCUUUUGAAAACUAAAGAACUAGGUGAGAAUAUGUUAAGAAACCUAUCUCCUAAUAAAAAAGAACAAGAAACAACAGCCAUACAAGAAUACUAUCAUAGCUCAUCAAACAACGCUCAAACUCUAAAGAAGAAAUUAUUUGUUAUCUAUUUAAUUUCUUUUGUAAUUGUAUUUAAUAUUAGUUGAAAAUAAGUAACAAGUAUUUGGUAAUUUACAAAUACCUUAUUUAUUUCUUGCUUAAUAUUUUAUAUUGUAAUAAUUUUAUUGAACGGUUUUA